AUGCUACUUCAUCAUUUAGCGGGGACGAAUUUUUUCGCCUCUGCGGCCCGAGGUGCUCGCGGCACGGCGCCGACUCUAGUCAAGUCUUCGCUGACUGGAGUCGGCGGCCUGCAAAACGCCGCGUUGACAGCGGAUGGGGUUGUGUUUGAUUCGAAGAAGAAGCCCGAGGACUAUUCGAUCGGACCCGAGACCAGACUGUACGUUACCAGCGUGCCCUACAGCAUGCCGACACGGCUGUUCAUCGUCUACGCGGAAACUGGAGAGACUGUUGCGGUUGAGAUGCUUGCGGCCGACCCCGUGAGCGUGUUGAUGCGGCUGCUCCACACUCGCCUGGGGCUGGAGCCAGAAGAUCUGCUUCUGGUGCACAGAGGCGAAGUCCUAGAAAGAGACCACAGUCUUCAAGAACAGGGCGUCGCGAGCGACGCGCUUGUUUACCUUCUUCUGAAAUCGCAGCAGCCUCCGCUGCCCCCUCCCGCCCCGGUCUCGCGCUCGCCCCCGGGCGCGCAGAAGGGCGCUCUGGCCGCGAAGGAGGCAGAGGAGGCGAAAAAAAAAGUCUGA